AAUCCAUUCUUGUAUUGAGUGAGAGGGCAUCUCACCGUUGAUAUCCAGUUCUACAACUAUUGAGUGCAUCUAUGCAAGAGAAUUCCCGUGACCAUCAUGGUGUCGAAUAAGUGGAAACGCCCUCAAAGUGUACCAUUUCCAUCCAUUUGGCGAAGAUUCAAAGCCAAGGAUGUGGAAACUGGUGAGUUGGUCAAUUAUCGUGUUCAGGAUCUACCUGAGGAUCGCUACGAAGAGGCUGUUCAACUACUAGUUGAGCAUUUUCUCAAAGAUGAACCCAUGUGCAAGGCGGGAGGUGCAGCAGCUGAUCCUCAAUCUGUGGCGGGUUUUUCAAAUGCCUGGCGCUUGAUCCUUCAAGAUAGGAUUUCCUUGGUGUGCUUCAAAGAAAACUCUGAUGAAAUCGUGGGUGUCAAUGUGCUCAAGCUCUGCUGCAGGGGCACUGAAGAUGGGAUUCCUGAGGAUGCAGGAAAAGCCUGUACAGAUAUGCUACGUGCCAUGGAUUAUGCCACAAGAAGUGGUGAUCUCUACAACAAAUACAACGUAGAUACAUUUUUUGCGGGAUUUGCAUUACUAAUUGUACCCAAAUAUCGAGCUUUGCGUCUGGCAGAGCAGAUUCUGCGAGCCAGAAUAUCCCUUGGACGGACAAUUGGGGUCCCUCUAACAUCAACCGUCUUCACUAAUAAAUUUUCCCAAGCAGCAGCUGCCAGGGCAGGUUUUGAGGAGACAUUUGUCAUCAGUUAUGAAGAUCUAAAGGUAUCUGGCCCGAAAAUUGCCUUUCCUGGAGUUGAGACGGAAUUUGUGAAACUCAUGAGCUUGAAAUUGCAGUAAUUUGUUGUCUCUCGCACUCCAGCCAGACACUCAUGAUAGUGUUCAUAACAAAUAAUGACUUAUCUCAUGUGAUCCAUCCAUUGCAUUCAAUAAAUCGUUCAUGCACAACUCAUCUGGGGGAAUGAAAAUAAUAUGAGUGUGUCUUCCCAGUAGUAAUUCUGCGCUUGGCGCGAAAAGUUCAUCUUACUUUUUUUUUUAUCUGAAUAUUGUGCAUUGUGUUGUUCGUCAUAAUGUCCCCAAUCAAGUGGAAACGACCCGAUAAUGUGCCCUUUCCAUCAAUUUGGCACAGAUUUACUGUCAAAGAUCCCAAAACAGGAAAUGUCCUGGAGUUCAGAGUACAAGAUCUGCCUGAAGAUCGCUAUGAAGAGGCGAUGGAUAUGAUGCUGGAGCAUUUCCUGCGAGAUGAACCAAUGUGUCGCUCAAGGAAUUGCUCCCAAGAUCCUCGAGCAAUUGCUGACUUCCGUAAACUCUGGCCAAAAGUCCUCAAGGAGAGACUGACUUUAGUGUGCUUCAGGGAGGGAUGUGAUGAGAUAUAUGGGAUGAAUUUUCUCAAACUCACUCAAAAAGAUGUAGAAGAUGAACCAUCUGACUAUGGAGAAGCAUUAGAUGACAUCCUCACAGCUAUGGGAUUUAUUGCGGACAGUGGAAAUCUCUAUGAUCACUAUCAAGUGGACAAGUUCAUCAAUGGAUACGGUUUGUUGGUGCCACCAAAAUUUCGUGGCCUGAGACUUGGUGCUGAGAUCCUAAAAGCACGAAUUCCACUGGGCAGAGCUGUUGGCCUCAAGCUCACUUCCACCAUCUUCUCCAAUCGUUCAUCCCAAAGAGCAGCUACCCUGGCUGGAUUUGAGGAUUCCUUUGAGAUUUCCUGGGAGGAAUUGCGAAAGAAAGGACCACGCAUGGAUUUUCCUGUGGAUGGAACUCCAACCGUAAAACUCCAAAGCAUGAGAUUGGAUUAAUAAUGAAAUUGUUACAUCCAAUUUUUUUUUUAUUGAAUGAUUUGAUGAAUAGAGUGUUGGUUGAUAUAUUAAAUUGCUCUUGAAACUUCAA